CAACCAAGCUAGCUCAUGCGCUUGCUUCUCACCCCUCUCCUACAUACAAUACCAAGUGCUCGAAUUGCAGAGUCUCCAAGGCUCAAAACUGAACUAAGGAGAGUAGAAUUAGAAGUUAUACCAUCCAUGGUUGGAGAUCUUAGUAUUAUGGUUUUGGUUGGUUUUGUUGGGUUUGUUCUCUGUGUCAUUUUGAACCAUUUCUUGCCCUUGUUGCUCAAGUUUGGUGUCAAUACUCCAAGGGGAACUUUUGGCUGGCCUUUACUGGGUGAAACCCUUAGUUUCUUGAAGCUCCACUCUUCAAAUUCUCUAGGCACCUUCCUUCAAGAACACUGUUCUAGGUAUGGGAAGGUGUUCAAAUCCCAUAUGUUCUUCUCUCCUACAAUUGUCUCUUGUGAUCAAGAGCUCAACUACUUUAUCCUUCAAAAUGAAGAUAGAUUGUUCCAAUGCAGUUACCCCAAGCCCAUCCAUGGAGUUCUUGGAAAAUCUUCCAUGCUUGUGGUUGUGGGUGAAACCCACAAGAGGCUUAGGAGUGUGGCUCUAACUCUUGUUAGCACAACAAAAUCAAAGCCUGAGUAUCUUAAUGACAUAGAGAGAACUGUCAUUCAGAUCUUACAUUCAUGGAGAGGGAAGCAACAAAUCAUAUUCUGUGAUGAAGCAAGAAAGUUCACAUUCAAUGUGAUAAUAAAGCAAGUCCUUGGAUUAACACCAUAUGAACCACAAACUACAGAAAUUCUUGAAGAUUUCCUCACUUUCAUGAGAGGACUAAUCUCUUUUCCACUUUAUAUUCCUGGUACCCCAUAUGCACGAGCUGUUCAGGCUAGAACCAGAAUAUCUUCUACAGUCAAGGCAAUUAUUGAAGAAAGAAGAAGAAUUAAUGGUAGAAAUUCUAAGAGAAAGGGUGAUUUCCUUGAGAUACUAUUAUCAGUUAACAACCUUUCUGAGGAUGAGAAAGUGAGUUUUGUUCUGGAUCUGGGUGGCUAUGAAACUACUUCUCUGUUGAUGGCCAUGGCGGUUCAGUUUCUGAGUCAAUCACCAGCUGCACUUCAACAGUUGAAGAUAGAACAUUGGAGCAUUAGAAGCAUCAAACAGAAAGAUGAAUAUUUGAAUUGGGAAGACUAUAAGAAAAUGGAAUUUACUCAAAAUGUCAUUAGUGAAGCUCUCAGAUGUGGGAAUAUAGUCAAAUUUGUGCACCGAAAGGCACUCAAGGAUGUCAGAUUCAAAGAUUAUUUAAUUCCAUCUGGUUGGAAGGUCCUACCAGUUUUCAGUGCAGUACAUCUGGAUCCAUCUGUCCAUGCAAGUACUCUUGAGUUCCAUCCUUGGAGAUGGGAGACACAAAGCCAAACAAGCAAGAAAUUCACUCCCUUUGGUGGAGGACCAAGAUUUUGCCCUGGUUCUGAACUUGCCAAAGUUGAGACUGCAUUCUUUCUUCACUACCUUGUCCUAAAUUUCAGAUGGAGAACUGAAGGUGUUGACCAUCCCUUGGCCUAUCCUUACGUUGAAUUUCAAAGAGGUUUACCAUUGAGAGUGGAGCCAGUUUUAACUGAAUCACCAUUUUCACCAUGAGUGAAGUUUCAUUUUUGUAUUGAAGGAAGCUUGUUUUUUGGACUUUAGAGAGAGGCACUAGAGCACCUGUAGAUGGGUUUAAUUGUAAUUUCCUCCAGGAAAGAAA